GAAUAUCUAAAAGCAAAUUGCACUGGAUUAAUCUGGAUUUUUUGUUUUUUGUUUUGCUGUUUGAGUAUUUUAGCUCUUGAUAUGUUUUACUAGAAAUCUUUCAUGAGUUUUUUCAGGGUUCUAAAUGGUGUCUCAGCUGACCAAAGCAAAAGUUGAUCUUCUGAAAGUGUGAUCCACGGAUGAGAUUGUUGAAAUCUUAAUCAUAAGUGAAUGGUUUUUAAAAUUGUGUUCUCUGCUACAAGUGUCCUCUCUUAACCCUCCUUUUAAUGUUUUGAGGGUUCACUAAUUUUCAGUGAAAAGUUUAUAGCUAGUGGCUGCUCUGCAGUUGUAUGUGUAUUUUCCCACUUCUAUUCCAGAUUAUUACUUGUUGCCUAUCAGACUACUUUUAAAAUUAAAUCAUUAUGGGAUAGAGGCUAGUGAUCCAAAGAUCCAAAGAAGGGAAACAGGGUGUUGAAAACUUCUAUAAUAGGAACACUUUAAUAAUUAGCAUGCAUUAGAGCUCACCAUUACCUUUGAUUUUAAUAUUUUUAUAAGUAAUCUUGAAGAGAAUGUGCACCAGGAAUGACAGAUAUCAUGGGAAGUGAAAUAGUGCCUUGGUGGAAAUGAGCCUAAGGAAGAUCUUGAAAAGGUUGUGUGUGAGGGCAGAAAGCAUCAGCUGAGCUUUAGUGAAGAUAAUUUUAAGAAUGCAUUUGGGGACAAAAUGCAAAAUUCAAAAUACAUGAAUGGAUUCAGUAUUAUCAGUGAUAAUCCAGAAUAGGAGCCCGUAGAACAUGCCCUGCCUACUUCAGCACCAUGUCUAUGGCCAAAAAAGGUCAAGAAGAUACCAGGCAUUGUUAGGAGGAAAGUUGACAGAAAAAGAGUCAAAAAAAAAAAAAAAGAAAGAAACAAAGAAAGGAAAAGGGUCAACAUUCUCUUUCCCUUUCACGAACCCAUAGUGGUUCUUCACCUAGAAAACAUGGGGUAGUGCCAUUGCAGCACAAGGAUAUAGCAAAGUUAGGGAAGCUCAGAGAAGGGCUGUUAAAGUGAUGAUGGGGGGUUGGUGAAGGACACACACAAGGCUCUGUAAGAAAGGAUGAGAAAAUGAGGCCUGUUCAUUUUGGGGGGAGCUAAAAAUUUUUGAUCAAAGUUUAUAAAUAAUCAUACAAGAUGUUUAUGGUAGAGAAAAGUAUAGUUUAGUCCCUAAAAUACUGCAACUAACCUCAAGGCUAAUUCCCUACCCUUCAGCAGAAACCUGAAGGUGGCAAGAAUAAGACAAAAGGAAGUUCCUGCUUUACUUAGUGGAACAUAAACUUUGGGAGAAGUGGAUACCAAAAAAUGUGGCUCUUCUUUGAUCUCCACUCUUGUUGUGGGCUUGAAACCAAGAUAUCAUUUUGCUGCUUUGGAAAAGAGUUAUUAUGAGAGGCUUCCAUAUCGAAACCACAUUGUCCUACAGGAAAAUGCACAGCAUGCCACUCGGUUCAUAGCUCUUGCAAAUGUUGGAAAUCCAGAAAAGAAAAAGUAUCUUUAUGCCUUCAGUAUUGUUCCCAUGAAACUAAUGGAUGUAGCAGAACUGGUAAAACAGCCUCCAGAUGUCACUGAAAAUCCUUACAGAAGAUCUGGGCAAGAAGCAUCUGUAGGAAAGCAAAUUCCUGCUCUUGAGGAAGAAUCAGCUUGUCAGUUUUUCUUUGACUUAAAUGAAAAGCAAGGAAGGAAGCGUCCAUCCACAGGCAGAGACAGCAAAUCUCCGCACCCAAAGCAGCCUCGCAAACCUCCUCAGCCUCCAGGACCAUGUUGGUUUUGCCUUGCCAGCCCCGAAGUAGAAAAGCAUUUGGUGGUCAACAUUGGGACACAUUGCUACCUUGCUCUGGCCAAAGGAGGCUUAUCCAAUGACCAUGUCCUCAUCCUGCCCAUUGGACACUAUCAGUCAGUGGUGGAGCUUUCAGCAGAGGUGGUGGAAGAGCUGGAAAAGUAUAAGGCUACACUGAGAAGAUUCUUUAAGAGUCGAGGGAAACGGUGUGUCCUAUUUGAGAGAAAUUAUAAGAGCCAUCACCUCCAGCUACAGGUCGUUCCUGUGCCGUUCACCUGCUGCACCACUGAUGACAUUAAAGAUGCCUUCAUAACCCAAGCACAGGAGCAACAGAUAGAACUGUUAGAAAUCCCAGAGCACUCUGACAUCAAGCAGAUUGCACAGCCAGGAGCAGCAUAUUUUUAUGUUGAACUUGAUACAGGAGAGAAGCUUUUCCACAGAAUUAAAAAGAAUUUUCCUUUGCAGUUUGGAAGGGAGGUCCUGGCCAGUGAAACCAUUCUUAAUAUCCCUGACAAGGCAGAUUGGAGACAAUGUCAGAUGAGCAAGGAAGAUGAGGAGACCUUGGCUCGCUGCUUCCGAAAAGACUUUGAGCCCUUUGACUUCACUCUGGAUGACUGAGCAAAAGGAAAGAUGCUUUUUGAACUUCACAGGAAGUAUUAGAAGUCUGUUUUUAGAGAAGCCACAGUCUCCAAUGGGGACUGUUUCCCUAUCUCUUUUUUAGGCAUUCCCAUGGAAUUGCCUGCAACAAGAGGCCUAGAAUUUUUUAGGAGGAAAAGUCCAUUCUAAGAUGAAAAUCCUGUUAAAAGCAUAUCUUUCAUCCAGCUGAAGCACAGCUUAUAUUUAUCAACAUUUUCAAAAAUCUCUAUCAAAUAAAAUCUAAAUGCUUU